AUGCGGCGGGCUGGGAUAGCGGGGAUCGGGCAUGGCGUUGGCGCGGGGAGGCUGCAGGCAUCUCAGGCAGCCCAGGAGAGGGCGCAGAGCAUCGGGAACAACCUGCUCUCGCAACAGAAGGAGCAGAUGAUGGAGAAAUGCAGUGUCUUCCAGUCCAAGCUCGAGGAGUUUGCGAGGAAGCAUAAGAACGAGAUCAUUCGCAAUCCUGACUUCAGGAGCAAGUUCAACUCCAUGUGUGCGGCGAUCGGAGUUGACCCUCUAGCAUCCAACAAAGGAUUCUGGGGAGCUUUGGGUAUGGGUGACUUCUAUUACGAGCUCGGCAUACAGAUGAUACAGGUCUGUCUGGAGAGGCGAAGUCAGAGCGGGGGGCUGGAUAGCGUCGAGGAGGUUUUAUCCGCCCUCCGGGCACGGCGAGGGCCGAGAGCGCAGCAGAUCAAUGCGGAGGACUUGGAGAGAUCGGUGAAGUGCUUGAAGGGGUUGGGGAAGAGUUUGGAGAUCAUAAGUAUCAAGGGGAAGGGGAAGGUGAUCCAGUCCGUUCCGUGUGAGCUCUCCCAAGACCACACCGCGAUCCUCGAGCUGGCUUCACAUUCAGGUCACACGUCCGUCGGCGACCUGAUUAGCCUGCUCGAAUGGCCGGAGAACCGGGCGGUAUCAGCGGUGAAUUUCCUACUUGAUGAAGGAAUGGCAUGGAUUGACAAGCAAAACGAUGGAAAAUGGCCGCUCAUCUGGUGA